AUGGCGGACUCAAACCCCACGCCGCCUGAGGCGGCCCCGAAAGCACCGACUCCUACCCCCGCGACAGCAACCACCACAACCACAACGACAGCCACAUCCGCCGCAGAAGGCUACAAAGCCGCGAAACCAAACCCAGUCUGGCAAAUGAUGGGCCUCCGCGGCCCUCCCAAACGCCUCCCCUCCCGCAACUGGCUCAUCUUCCUCUCCCUCACAGGCGCCAUCUCCUCCGCCAUCAUCUACGACAAGCGCGAAAAGAAGCGCGCCACAGCCCGCUGGGCCGCCGCUGUCUCCCCGCUCGCCAGCGAACCCGUCACCGAUCCCUCCCAGCUGCCGCGCAAACUCACCGUCAUCCUCGCCUCCCCGCCCGGCGAUGGCCUGCGCGUCGCGCAGGACCACUUCAUCGAGUACGUGAAGCCCAUUCUCGCCGCUUCUGGCCUGGACUGGGAGUUUGUCCAGGGCCGGCAGCAAGGUGAUGUCCGCGCUGCCGUGGCAGAGAAGAUUCGGAGGCGCAGGAGCAGGGAGGAGAGGCCCGAGGUCGAGCUGCUCCCCACCGAGGAGAAUAUCCGCGACGCCAUCCGCGCCAAAAAUAACACACCCGAGUUCGAGGGUCCCGGAGGCGACAUCGUUAUCGGGCGGCACGCGUGGAAGGAGUACAUCCGCGGCCUACACGAGGGCUGGCUCGGUCCCCUCGACCCGCCUCCCAAGCCCGAGGUAGUCUCUACCCCUGAGCAGCCCGCAGCAUCAUCAGACUCUACAUCAACAGAAACAGAGGGCGGUGCCGGCGAGGCAGAAAAGAAGGAGGAAGAAAAGCCCAAGGAAGAAGAGAAGAAAUCAGACCGCCCCCGCCAACCCGUCCCCUACAACACCACGGCAGACUACUCAGCCUCCCACCUCCCCUCCACCCUCCCCGCCGAAUUCUCCCCCUCGGAACCGGUCCAGUUCCCCCACCUCCUCGGCUUCGCCGGCACCUUCACCCGCAUGGGCCGCUUCUUCAACCGCCGCCAGCUUGCAGACGACGUAGGCCGCCAAGUCGCGGCCGCCUGCUUCGCUCACGCCCGCGAAUACCGUGACGCCGAACCCGAGGCCGCCGCAGCACAGGACUCCGCGCCCACGCCGUACGAACAACAGCGCGCCCUGGCGCACGAGGAACGCGACUGGGUUAAAUCUGUCUGGAAGCCCGUCGACGAAGCGACGGCCGACGAGGAGGAGAAGACCAAGGAGCGUAUCUGGGCUUCGCCCAUGGUUAUUGAUCCGCGCAUCGCGCAGCGCAUGCGGCGGUUUGAGAUCCGGGCCGAGGACGAGGAGCGCGCAAAGGGGAUUGUGAUCCCCGAGACGCAGAUUGAGGGCUGGAUCAAGGGCACGCUGCGGUCUUUGGGCUCGUGGGGGUGGAGUGUCGUCAAGGGGGAGGAGCGCAAGGGGCCCAAUGUUGGAAACAUUGAUGAUGAGUAA